CCUCUCCCUAAACCUCCCACCUCCUCAGGUGUUCAGGGGGCGUGGCCUCCAUCAGGCCCCUCUCCCACUGCUGACAUCACCCCCGUCCCUCUGUUGUCUAGUCCAGAUCUUGAUGCUCUCUGCGACCCAGAGACUCCAGCUCGUUCUGCUGCCCUUCUCCUCCCUGCACCUCCUCACUCCUCUUCUGCUUUUACCGCCUCCUCUCCUCCUCCUGCUCAGAUCGGCUCUUUUCAGUCAGGCGCAGCGUUUCGUCUCACUCAGGUGGAUGAGGAAGUGGCUGAACGUCCUCCGAGCCAACACAAAAGUUCUGCUCAGAGCAACCAGGCAGAAACCAACAGAGGACUAUCCAAAGAGCCCCUCAGACCAGCGCUGGAGUCCACAACAGUCGUCCCAGAGAACAAAGCUGGACCAGAGAAGAUCAGUCCAGCUCAGUCCCGCUCUGAGUUGAUCAUAGCCCCGCCCCCUCCGUGGCCCUUUUCCUGCAGUGAGCUCUCCACCUCUGAGUCGUGCUCCACCAGUGUCGUUGCAGCGUUUAUCACACCCAAGCAGCCAAAUGUUGAAACGGUUUUGAAAAAGCCAACAAACGAGAGCGUUACGAGCCUCUUUAUAGGUGAGAGUCCGCCUCGAGCUGCAGCUGGCGUUGGUGACGCCUUUAACGAACCACUAAAUCAGAGACAAGAUUCAGGAAACUUGUUUCUGGAAGAGGAUGAAUCUAAGUGGGAUUCUAUCAAAAGGUGUCCUUCAGGUCUUGAGCGUAAACUCAAUGAAAAGACCGAAGGAGAAAAGCUGCCACAGACAGAGCAGUCAGAGGGAGCAGCAGUGGUGGAGAAGAAGGAGAAGCACAGGGAGUCGGAAAUUCAAAAGGAGGAAGAGGAGAGGAGCAGGAAGGAGAAAGAGCAAAAAGAGAUGCUCUUGAUGUUGCAGAAGCAGGAGGAAAUGAGAAAGCACGAGGAAGAACGGAAGAGGCUGCUGGACGAGGAGAAAAGGAGGCUCCUACAGGAGGAGGAGGAGGUCAGGAAGAAUAAAGAAAUGAGGAAACUUGAAGAAGCAAGGCUCCUGAAGGAGAAGCGAGACAAACAGGAGAAACUGAGGGAGGAGGAGGAGCAGAGAAAACGAGAAGAAGAGAGGAGGCUUCUGGAGUUAGAGGAGAAAAUGAGCAAACUGAAGUGGGAAGAGGAGAAAAGACAAGAGAAGGAGAGAUUUAUGAAAAUGAUAAAAGUCGAGGAGGAGAAAAGGUUAGAGGAAAGAAGGAGGAGGGAGGAGGAGAAAAGGAGGCUGCUGGAAAAGGAGGAGAGAAACAAUAUGGAGGAAAGACUGCUAAAAGAAAAGGAGCAACAGAAGAAGGAAGAGGAGUUAAGAAAACAGGAAAAGGAGGAGAAAAGAAGACAAGAAGCAGAGAAAGAAAUGAAAAGACGUCAGGAGGAGAUGAGACAAGUGGAAGAGAGGAAGAGGAUGGCCGAGGAGGAGAGAAAAAUUAAGGAGGAGGAGAGACAAAAGGUCAAAAAGGCCGAGGAGAAAAGAAAGAAGGAAGAGGAGUUAAGAAAACAGGAGGAGGAGGAGAAAAGAAAAGGAGAAGCAGAGAAAGAAAGGAAAAGACAUCAUGAGGAGAUGAGACAACUGGAAGAGAGGAAGAGGAUGGCAGAGGAGGAGAGAAAAAUUAAGGAGGAGGAGGAGGAGAGACAACAGGUCAAAAAGGCUGAGGAGAAAAGAAAAAAGGAAGAGGAGGAGAGAAAGAAGGCUGAAGAGAAAAGGAGGCUGGAAGAUGAGUUGAAAAUAAGAGAGGAGGAGAAUCAUAGAAUCAAGGAAGCAGAAGAGGGAAGAAAGAGGGAAGAGGAGGAGAAGAGAAUGAAGGAAGAAGAGAGGAAGAGGAGAGAAGAAGAGGAGAAAGAAAGAGUCAAAGAUGCAGAGAAGAGGAUUAAGAAGGAUUCUGAAGAAAAAGAGAGACUCCUCAAAGAUCAGCAAGAGAAGGUGAAACUCCUGAAGGAAGAGCAGGAAAGGAUGAAUCAGAGAAAAAAGGAGGAAGAGGAGAAAAGGAGGAGAGAAGAAGAAAAGAAGAGGCAGUUACAGGAGGAGCAAAGGGAGGCAGAGAAGAAGAAGCUGGAGGAGAUGAAGAGACAGCGAGAAGAGAAAGAGAAGGCAGAAAGGCACCUCAAGGAGGAAGAGGAGAGGACAAAGAAAAAGAGAAUGGAGGAGAAGAGAAAACCCAGAGAGGAGAAGGAUGAUGCAUCUCGAGACUGCAGGGUGGAGGACAACAAGUCAGAUGAGGACAAGGAGAAGAUGAGAAUCAAACCGUGUCCCACUCAAACUCUACUUCCUGCUCCAAACCAAUCACAGAGCCGACAUCCGAGCGCAGCCUCCGAGGAGCGUCUGAGGAAACCCUCUGUCAUAACAUCACUGUCAAACACUGAAAUCCCCGAAAACAAAACACCUGCCACAUGUUCUCCCCCUGACAUCUGCUCAGGCCCCACCAUUCAUAAAAAACCCACCACAUUAGAGGUCUUGAUGCCUGCGGCUCCUCCGCAGAAGCUGUCCGAUGCAGAGGUUCCUCUUUGGAAAGUGCUAGAAGACAGAAGUGGGAAAGAUACACCAGAAAAAAACUCUGCCAUGGAUGAUACAGAACCUUUGUGCGGGGGCUCCUCCAGGGAAGAUUCUGAUGAGGUUGACACUGCUGUGAGUCAACAGCACCAAGUACCAGCAGCUAAAGAUUCAGAAACACAUCCAGCAGUUUCACAACCCAGCUCACCUCUUGUUCAAGAGGAGCCUAACGAGCCAGACAAACCAACUCUGCAACCAGCGACCUCUGACGAGCUUCUCACCAAACCUGCUGGUGAGCAGACGUCUCUCAUCCUGGAGCCACUGCUGCCUUCAAAACCAGAACCAAAGCUGCAGGAGGAAGGACAGCUCCAGCUGUCAGGCAAACCACAACAAGAGGAGGCAGAUGAGGAGAAACACCCCGAUGCUGUGGAUGGUGGUCAGGAGAGCUUCACGCUCAGUGAGGAGCAGGCAGAGAAGAAGCUGUGGGCAGCUGUGGAGGAGACGGAGGCAGGAGCAGAAAGAGGGAUGGAAAGAGUUGAAAGCGUUGGAGAGGAGGAAGAGGAUGAAGAGGGAGUGACAGGGGGAGUAAAACGCCAAGUCUCAGACCUCCCAGAUGGUAGAGAGAAGAACCAACCCUCCCAUCCAAAGGAGUCUUUGAGUCGACACAGCACGGUUCGUCCCCAGCACUGUGAAGCCAAGACUGCUUGGCUUCCUACGUUGGUGGAGGAGGAAUCCCCCCAAGUUAAGGCCGAUAAUCCUGUGCUGGUGAUGAGAGAGGAGGCUGAUGGGAAGGACGAUACAACUGAGGAUCUUGUGAACUCCAGCCAGUCGCUGCUCCAGUGGUGUCAGAGCAUCACCAACAAAUAUAACGGUGUAAAAGUCACAAACUUCAGCACUUCCUGGAGAAACGGCCUGGCCUUCUGUGCCAUUCUACACCACUUUCAUCCAGACAAAAUAACUUUUGACCAGUUGGAUCCUCAUGAAAUCAAACUCAACAAUAAGAAGGCCUUUGAUGGUUUCGAGUCACUGGGCGUCUCUCGCCUCUUGGAGCCGUCCGACAUGGUUCUUCUGUCCGUACCCGACAGGCUCAUCGUUAUGACCUACCUCAGCCAGAUUCGCUCUCACUUCACCAACCAGGAGCUGAGCGUGCUACAGAUCGAGCACAACAGCAGUCAGUCCAGUUACGGCCUGGCCCCCGUCGGCCCUGCAGACGUCGACGCCGCAGCUUUCUGCAUGGCCCGGCUGAACAAAGGCCUGAGCCUGGAGGAGGGAGGGAGCAGCACGCUGGUCGUCCCACCGCCCAGAAGUAAACGAGCUGGUAAAGCCGAUGAGUCAAUAUAUCCAGUUCCUCCUCCGAGAUCAGUUACCAAAGCAGCAAAACCUGCGCAGAGUGAAGAUUCAAAGACUCAGUCUGCAACAGAAAACACUAAUCUGACAGAUCUGCAGAGUGUAGCCGAGACACAACCCUCUAAAUAUGAGGAGGAAACGAUGGACACCAGUCAGUACGUGUUGAGUGAGCUGGCGGCGUUGGAGACGGAGCAGAAGCACAUCGACAGCAGAGCUGCUGUGGUGGAGAGACGACUGCGAAGUCUCAUGGAAACAGGAAGUGACCGUGAUGAUGAGGAAAGGCUGAUCCAAGAGUGGUUCAUGUUGGUGAACAAGAAGAACGCUCUGAUACGCAGACAGGACCACCUUGAACUGCUACAACAGGAGCAGGAUCUGGAGCGGAGAUUUGAGCUUCUCACCAGAGAACUACGAGUCAUGAUGGCUGUAGAAGAGUGGAAGAAGUCGCCCAUUCAGCAGCAGAGGGAGCAGCUGCUCCUCCAGGAGCUGGUGUCGUUGGUCAACCAACGAGACGAGAUCAUCAGAGACAUUGACGCCAAAGAGAGAGGGGCCCUGGAGGAGGACGAGCGGCUGGAGCGAGGUCUCGAGAUGAGGAGGAGGAAAUACAGCAACAAGGACAAGUGUGUGUUACAAUGAG